GCAGGAACGACGCCGCCGCACACUUUACGGCAUACACGUGCUUCCUGCGCUCUUCUGUGCACUUCACCGCUCCGCGUCGGAUCCAGAGACGAUCUUUGAGUAAAUCUGAGUGAAAUGAUGGCCAAACUGAGCAAAGAGAGCAAGCAGCGGCUGCAGCAGGUGUUCCAGUGCGGCCAGUUCAUCAUCCGCUGGGGCUUCAUCCCCACCGUGCUGUACCUGGGAUUCAAGCGGGGAGCCGAUCCGGGGAUGCCUGAACCCACAGUCCUCAGUUUGCUUUGGGGAUGAAGACGCUCCUGACGGAAACUACAGACUCCAUAAAGACUCGUCGCUCGCUCGGAUCUCAACUCAGUGCUGGGAUGUAAAUACUUCACUGUCAACGCUUUUGUGUUAUUUUAAGACUUUUGCUUCCUCUUUCUGAAACAUUGCAUUGAGAAAAAAACA